UUGUGCUCACUUGACGACACUACAUUUGGGGAACCAACUCCACGGUUACAUAACGAGGGCGGUUUUGAUGCUGACAUGUUUAUAGCUAGCUCGCUAGUGGAUAUGUAUGCCAAACGUGGGAACAUUAAUAGCAUGGAGCAACAUGACAUGGUGUCGUGCACAGCUAUGAUCAUGGGAUGUGCUUGCAAAUCAUACACUUCAAUUCUCUUCCAUAGAAGUCAAAGCCAAUGAGUUCAACUCAAACUUUCCUCAAAACACUCCUCCAAAACCCAUCUUCCAUCACAUCCAAAUCCCAAGUCAAACAACUUCAUGCCCAAAUCAUCAAAACCAAACCCACUACAAACUCUGCUUCUCUCCUUUCCAUCAUUCUCUCCAUCUACACAAACUUGAAUCUCUAUCAUGAAUCACUCAUUUUGUUCAACACACUUCACUCACCUCCCACUCUUGCUUGGAAAUCCAUCAUCCGAUUUUACACUUUUAAUGGUCUUUUCAUCAAAUCUUUGGCUGCUUUUGUGGAAAUGCGAGCUUCGGGGAAAUACCCAGAUCAUAAUGUGUUCCCUUCUGUUCUAAAAUCAUGUACCCAUCUGAUGGAUUUGAGGUUUGGUGAGUCUGUUCAUGGGUGUAUCACUCAUCUUGGAAUGGAUUUCGAUUUAUAUACGGGUAAUGCACUCAUGAAUAUGUAUUCGAAAUUGCAAAGUUUGGAUAAGCAUGGUGGGUGUGGAAAUAUUGCAGCUGAAGUGCUUGAUAAAAGUCCCAACUCAAGGAAGACUGACAAAUGUGGGAGUCGUUUUGUUGAUUUUGACAAAUUGAAUGGCAAUGACAUGCAUAAUGAGAGUUCUUGUAGUAAUUCAUAUGAACUGAUCGAUAAAUUUGAAAAACAUGUGGAUGAUGGUGAUCCUAUAGGUUGUUCAAAGAAUAUGAGUUAUACGUUGCCUCGAAAUAAUACACACAGGGUGGUUAUUGAUCAUUUGCAAGGGAAAAAUGAUAUGGUGAUGAGAAACGGACAAAAUGGGGCUUUACAUGCGGAUAGUAUUAGAAAAGUGUUUGAAAUGAUGCCAAAUAGAGAUCUUGUUUCGUGGAAUACGGUGAUUGCAGGAAAUGCGCAAAAUGGGAUGUAUGGGGAAGCUCUAGAGAUGGUUAGGGAGAUGGGUAAUGCCAAUUUGCAGCCCGAUUCCUUUACAUUAUCCAGUGUCCUCCCUAUUUUUGCAGAAUAUGUGGAUGUUGUGAAGGGAAAGGAAAUUCAUGGGUAUGCCAUUCGACAUGGGUUUGAUACAGAUGUAUAUAUUGGAAGCAGCUUGAUUGAUAUGUAUGCAAACUGUACAAGGGUGGAAGAUUCGUGUCGAUUAUUUAACCUGUUACCUCACCGCGAUAGUGUCUCAUGGAAUUCUAUUAUUGCAGGAUGCGUUCAAAAUGGUCUGUUUGAUGAAGGCCUGAAAUUGUUUCGUCAAAUGUUGUUGGCUAAAGUUAAACCUAGCACCGUGUCCUUUUCAAGCAUAAUGCCAGCUUGUGCUCACUUGACGACACUACAUUUGGGGAAGCAACUCCAUGGUUACUGUAAAAAAGGGAGCUUAGCUCUCUAUUUAUAGACUGAUAUUGGGAAAUGUGGGAACAUUAAGAUAGCUAGAUGGAUUUUCAAUAGCAUGGAACAACAUGAUAUGGUAUCGUGCACAGCUAUGAUCAUGGGAUGUGCUUUGCAUGGACAUGCCCAUGAGGCAAUCACCUUGUUUAAGAAGAUGGAGACGGAGGGGGUGAAACCCAACUCCGUGGCAUAUGUGGCCGUUUUAACUGCUUGUAGUCAUGCCAAAUUAGUCAAUGAAGCUUGGCAAUAUUUUAACAGUAUGAUCCAUGAUUAUGGGAUUGCCCCGUGCUUGGAGCACUAUGCUGCUGUUGCAGACCUUCUUGGUCGAGCUGGAAGAUUGGAGGAAGCCUAUGAGUUCAUCUCUAGCAUGCAUGUUAGACCACCAGGGAGUGUUUGGUCAACAUUGUUGGCUGCUUGUAGAGUCCAUAAGAAUAUUGAAUUGGCAGAGAAAGUUGCAGAAAAAAUAUUUACAGCUGAUCCAGAUAAUAUGGGAGCUUAUGUCGUUUUGUCAAACACAUAUUCAGCUGCUGGAAGGUGGAAAGAUGCGGCGAAGUUGAGAACUACCAUGAGGGAUAAGGGCAUGAGGAAGAAACCAGCUUGUAGCUGGAUUGAAGUAAAGAACAAGGUACAUGCUUUUGUGGCAGGAGAUGAAUCUCACCCAUAUUUUGAUAGAAUUAAUGAGGUGCUUAAAGUUCUUUUAGAGCUAAUGGAGAGGGAAGGUUAUGUUCCGGACACAAAUGAGGUGUUUCAUGAUGUUGAGGAGGAGCAAAAGAGAGAUUUAUUGUGUAGCCACAGUGAGAGACUUGCCAUAGCAUUUGGUAUCAUUACCACUCCUGCUGGGAUGACAAUCCGCGUAACAAAGAAUCUUCGCGUAUGCGUUGACUGCCACGUAGCAACAAAGUUCAUAUCAAAGAUUGUUGGGAGAGAGAUAAUUGUGAGGGAUAAUAGCCGAUUUCACCAUUUCAGGGAUGGGGAGUGUUCAUGUGGAGAUUAUUGGUGACAUGGUAUGAAACAUGAAUGCAAUAGAAUUGGGAUAAAUUGCAAGAGGAUAUGAGGAAUCUCACCCUCUCACCCUCAUGAUUGACACAGUUGAGAAUACAAUACAUGCACUGAGGAGUACGUUUAAGAAAAAAGCCCUAGCCCGAGCCCGUUGUAUUAUGAAUUAUCUUUGCUAACGUGUCUUGCUAUGAUAAAAAUGAGAGCAAGAUUGUGCUAGGAAAAUUAUGGCAGAGGAUCUUGCUCCUACUAUGAUGCCAUUUUUCAUCGCUAGGGCAUUAUGUACUUGCAUAAUUAUACCUAGCAGGCAUUUAAAAACAUUGGGUAGGUGCAGAGUUUGAAAGAGGAGCUGAAGAGCUUCAAUUUUUUUAUGAGGCCAGUUUUGUGAACAAAUGCUUUGUUGUUAUGUUGAGAAAUAUAUAUUGUACAAUGGAAAUGUUGUAUCAUUAGAGCAUAUAUUACAUUCUUUUGAAGUGCUAUUC